UUCCUUCCACGUGGAGCUAUCUGUGCGUGCUUGGCGCUUUCGUGCGCUCAUUCUCCGUCUCGUCGCGUCCGCCGCAAGCAGCAAGGAAGCAAGAAACUUCUCCUCUCUCUCAAUCCUCAGCCAUGUCGCUCGACUUUUCCAAGGUGGAGAACAACCCCGUGCCGCUCAUCGCCGAGAAGCACAACCCGAACGUGGCCUUCGUGGUGUACCGCAACAAGAACAAGAACGUGGUCGUGUACGCCGUGAACCUGCUGGAGGACGGCACGCUGAACCCGGAGAACCCGCUCGACGUGUACUGGAUCAUGUUCGAGCAGGACGGCGCCCCGCGCGAGGAGCUCAACAUGAUCGAGCGCAACACGGCGUACGGGGCCACCGUCAAGCCGCGCGAGGGCCACCCGGGCGAGUUCGAGGUCACGCUCACGUCGCUCAAGGACCGCGUCAUCUACCUGUCCAUCGUGGACGGCAAGCCCGUGGGCCGCGGCUCCAUCAACGGCCAGGACGGCUGCACGCUCGAGCGCGUGUUCGUGUACUCCACCACGUCCUGGGGCAUGCCCAAGGUGCAGCACAUCGAGAUCCACGGCAAGGACGCCGCGGGCAACGCCGUCAUGGAGAAGAAGCUGCCCUAAGCGAGGAGCGAACUGCUCUCUCGCAACGGUGGCACAAGGGUAGCCCUCUUCCUUUCUACAUGGAGGCUUGGGCUCCACAACUACACAAAACAACACAUUGUAAUAGAAAAAAAUGGAACACCAAGUGAGAAAGU